AUGGAUCAGAUUCUAGCCAAGGCCUCAAACCAAGCUGUGUCUUUUGCUAUCCGCUCGGGCAUCUCCCUUGCCUCCGGCUAUGCCAUUAAGACAAUCUCUACUUUUCUUUCACAGAUCCCUGCUUCUGCACAACAACGAAUUGAAAGUAAGAGGUUAAAACUCAAGACCAAGAUUGAUAUUAUUAAUAUUACACUUGACCUUAUUAGACUUGCAUCUGCUCGCGGAAAUACUGUGCUUGAGCAUACAAUGGUGCUCAUUGAUGAUCUAGAUUUACAAUUCACUGAGUUUGAUCACAAAAUUGAUGAAAUAACGAGAAACUUGACGGGUGGCAAUGAGGAAAAGAGUAUUGCAAAGGUGGAAAAGUAUAUGGCUGAAUUGUUAGCUGAGAUCAACGACGCAAUACCCAUAUUAAAUAUGAGUUUGCUUACUUCUGGUGUUAAUAUGAAUGGAAGUGUUGAUUUCACAAGUAGUACUGCUGGGAUAUCACCAGGAAGAUUAUUGCAAGCUGCACAGUAUAUAACUACUGACAAUAAGGAAAAAGGACAAAACCAUGAACUUGGUGUGGUUGGUCCGGUCUUUGAUUUGGUUACUUACACUAUAUUUUACAAUCCAAGUCGAUUGAAGUAUGUCAAUGAUGGCAAUAGUGGUGUAGUUGAUGAGUUGAGCUAUAUUUCGUGGAAGGAGACAUUUGCUCGCACUUCAGUAAAAAUAAUCUCGAAACGAGGCGAGGAAAUCCAAAAGGGUAAGCUGAGUUUAAAGUAUAGUUACUCAUUAGAGAUUAGAGAGGAUUACAACGAUGGCAGGUAUCACGAUGAAGAUGAUAAGCCCAUUGUGAAAAAAUAUGACUUGAAGUCAAUCCAAUCGAUGUUCUUUACUGCUUCAGGUAAACUCUUGCGUUUGGAGGGAAGAAAUUCUCCGGUGUUAAUUUUGAAGCUUGUUAAUGAACAGAGUGACGAAGAAUGGAUAGCUUUUGGGGAAUUGCACCAUGGUGAGUUUGACGACGAUGAUGAUGAUGAUGAUGAUGAUGAUGAUGAAGAAGAAGAAGAAACCGAUGGAUCCAAUAAGAAAAGUAAAGAAAGCAAGGUAAAAACGAUAAAGAAAGAGAAAAAAACCAAACUCAAUACGGUUUCUAAAGAAGCAAUAAAAAAUAGCUCCCUCUCGUUACUAGAGUAUACACUUCGUCUCGCAAAGCUUCAACAGACUGAACAAGCCAGUAUCCUUGACACUCCGGACGAAGUGUUGAAACUCUAUUUGCAUGAUCAAACAACAACAAAAACAAACCUGGAACUACCCAAAACUUUGACUCAUAAACACACGGAAGCAAAUAAAGCACAACUCACUGAAGAGAAAAUAAAGAUGGACUCCAACAUUCUGCGAAUGAAACAUCUAGCAAUUGAUUCUGAGGCAUUAUGA